AUGACGGAGGCUAAAAAACGCAAUUCCGGUUUAUCCGCUUGGUCAACCUGGCUUGAGGCCUAUAAAGAGCGCUUGAUUAGCUGCCUGCCCGAAUCCAAAGCAACACUUGGUGAUAAUUGCUUGGCGUCUUUAUCACAACUUGACUCAACGGAUUAUCAGAUUUUGAAAAAAUUACGAGUAUACCCAUUUUAUGAUGGUCGAAUUGGUGGUCCGGACAUAGCUGAGGGUGCUGAACUAGCAGUUUCGGGCUUAGCCAACAACCCACUUUGUGCCCACAUCCUCGAAUGCUGGAAGAGGGCUCGCCUUGCAAAUCCUUCAGUGGUGUUGCGCAACCACCUGGCAGAACAAGUGAUACGCUCGGCAGAAAAAGGCAAUUGUCAACCAGCGGCCGAUCUCCUCGAAGUUCUCCGUCGACCAUUUGAUAGGGAUAUCAAAACCAGUCGCUUCACAGAGCCUCAGCCCGUUGCCUUGAAGUCAAAUGAGCUUAGUGGACCGUACUCUAUUAAGGAGUCCAAAGAUCAAGUGAGCUGGGCCUAUUAUAGUCACACUUGGUGCUCUUUUAGUUAA